UCUGAUUGCGAAAGUAGGCGAAAGGUUUCUAACUUUCUUAUAUGAAUAAUAUUCGCCGGUUUCAGUUCGGUUCUGAGAUAUUUAGAAACGAGUAGCAGAUAUCUUGUAAGUCAAUCUAAAGAUGUAAUAAAAUUGACAUUUGUUACUUUAAAAUUAUUUAUUUCUUUAAAAAUUAUAUAUCUUUCAGAUACAUGCAAUAAUGGCAUUUUAUUUAGUUAAAAAAUUAAAUUAGAUUAUUCUAUUUGUUCCAUCGAUACAUUUAGAAUUAGUUGACGAUUUUUAAACCUUUAGACAAAAGAUGCAACCAAAAAAAUCAAAUUCGAAUAGAAUUACACAACGAAAAUUGUGGGAGUUAUUAGGAACAGCUUGCAUAUUCCUAUCCACUCCGCUCAUCGUCAUCAGUUUGAUUCUUUUAUAUAUUUAUCGUUGUUUGGUCGAGAUUAUGUUAAGAAUCCAAUUAAAAAGUAAAUUCGCCGGUCUCUUGAAAGGCACGGAUUGUGUAUGGGCCACUGAAGACACUGUUUCUCUGUCCGUUAUUAACAUAUUAAUGAUAUUGGAGAAGGCAGAAAACUCGAAUGCGAUAUUCUUAGAAGAUUUCAGGAAUCUAGUAAAUGAUCGCGUUGUUUCAAAGGCCGCUGGCACAACGCUUGAGAAGUUAUUCUAUCUUCGAGGACAGAAAUUCGGUUAUUAUUUUUGGGAAAAAAGCGAGAAGAUAGACUUAAAAAACAGGAUCAGAUGGCUGGAGUGUGUAAACGCUAAUUGUGACGGAUCCUGCGAAGAUAUCUCCGGUGAAUCCUUCAGAAAAACUUUGGAAAAUGUAUGCAACAAAUCGUUGCCUGAUAAUCACAGAGCUGCGUGGGAAAUACUUGUUGGAGGAUGCUGUCUAAAGUCCAAAUAUCGUGUUAAAAAAAGUUAUUUAUCACCUGAGAAGUGUUUUAGUACAGAUAUUCAAAAGAUUCCUAUAGUAUUUCGUGUUCAUCAUUCCCUUGGUGAUGGGGUGGCUCUUAUAGAUCUAUUACUUAAAACAAUCAUUGAGAAAGAUGUAAAGAAAGAAAUGAGAGUAAAAAUCAAAGAUAUCAUCUCGGCAGAUGAGAGUUUUUAGAACAAGGCGAAUGUUAUACGAUUUUAUGAGAAGAAUAUCCGUAUCGCAUUGAUGCCUUUUACUUACGUAACGUUUCUCACGAAUUGUGCAAGAUCUACGA